CGCUCACUUGACGCAGAUCGGUCAGACUGCAUCUCUGAACCGUCAGGAGAAAACUCAGAGGAGCGGAUCCACGGACACACACACACUGGGGAAACUGCUUCCAAGUGAACCCGACCACACACACACACACACAGAGCAGGGUUAUGUCUGCAGAACCGGACCAUCAGCGUGGACUUCAUCCUUAUCCGGGACGCGAGGGGCUCCGAAGCUGAAGCUGAUACCUCUGGUUCUAAGCUUUGUUUUUUUUUUUUUUUUUUUGGAGUUUGGUGUGAUUUCUGCAAACUUUGUCCACUUCCACUGGGAAAUGCAUCCUAAUGCUGCAGUGAAUGAAAGCGGAGUGUGUUCCAGUAUCAGGGCUGCUGUAGUCCUGUAGACCCCCCUGCGCUCCUAUCCCACUGUGCGUGUGUGUUUAGACUCACGUAGGCUCCGUGGAUCCGCUGCAGGUGCUGAUGCAGAAGUGGAGACGGUUUCUGUGAGGGUGUUUAUGUGUUUUUUUCCCCCCAACACAUUAUUGAAAUCAAAUGACUGAGUCGCAGGAUUGCAUCCACCAGUGAACUAUACCAGCCUGCAUCUUCUUCUCCUCUUCCAUCUCCUAUUGUGCAGAGACUAUGUUGAUGAAGGAGUACCGCAUCUGCAUGCCUCUCACCGUGGAGGAGUAUCGAAUCGGCCAGCUGUACAUGAUCAGUAAACACAGCCAUGAGCAGAGUGAACGCGGGGAGGGGGUUGAGGUGGUCCAGAACGAACCAUAUGAGGAUCCUGAACACGGACAAGGCCAAUUCACAGAGAAACGAAUCUACCUCAACAACAAGCUCCCCAGCUGGGCCAGAGCUGUGGUCCCUAAAAUUUUCUAUGUCACAGAGAAGGCUUGGAACUACUACCCCUACACUAUUACAGAGUACACGUGCUCCUUCCUGCCUAAAUUUUCUAUCCACAUCGAGACCAAAUAUGAAGACAACAAAGGGAGCAAUGACAACAUCUUUGGCAGCGAGCCCAGGGAUGAGGAAACCGAGGUGUGUGCCGUGGAUAUCGCAUAUGAUGAGAUCCCUGAGCGGCACUACAAGGAAUCAGAGGACCUGCGCUAUUUUAAGUCGAAGAAGACUGACCGAGGCCUCCUGCAGGAAGGAUGGAUCGACACCCAGGACCCCAUCAUGUGUUCCUACAAACUAGUCACGGUCAAAUUUGAAGUAUGGGGCCUGCAAACACGAGUGGAGCAGUUUGUACACAAGGUGAUUCGAGAUGUUCUGCUGUUAGGGCACAGGCAGGCCUUUGCCUGGGUCGAUGAGUGGAUAGACAUGACCAUGGAGGAGGUCAGAGAGUACGAACGAGCCACACAGGAAGCCACCAAUCUGAAAAUUGGCACCUUCCCCCCUGCCAUCUCCAUCACAGAGACCCCGCUGCCAUCCGUCACCCGCAGCGGUCCCAACAGCGCCCCCUCCACUCCCCUCUCCACCGAAGCCCCUGAGUUCCUGACCGUCCCCAAGGAGCGUCCCAGGAAGAAGUCGGCUCCGGAGACCUUGACUCUGCCGGAUCCGGGCCGCAGGGAUUCCAUUUUCAAACUCCCCAGCUUCUUCUCCUGGAACUCCAGCCCACAGCCGGAAUGAGAACGGGGGCAGAGGUGGCGGUAAACGUCCUGUGGAUCAGUGGAGGAUGCCUGCGAAGCACAUCCCACAAUGCCCCUCAGCCAGCCGAAGUGAAGGAGACUUUUCACUGUCCUGGUGAUCCCAGCCCCCUCAGCAGACUCGCCGGUGUUACAGCUCUCAGACUGCCUUCACAGAUGCAGAGAAGCAGCCUGAUCUCCACAAUAAGUCCUGCAGGUGUCAACAGUGUAGUGUUUCCUACUGAGCCCAAUGCUCCUCAUUGUUCUCUCCUCCUCAGACAACUGACAGUAAAGCACCAGACGGCAAGAGUUUAAUUAGUCAGACUGAGUGUAGCGUACAUUCCGCCAAACGUUUUAUCCACCACAGAUCACUUCAUCCAAGCUCAGGGUGUGUCGACAAGAUAUGUUGAGAUUCAAACACUGCACAUAAAAUUUAGCCAUGCCCAAUUUGCUAUUUUUGCUUUACAUAUGAGUCUUUCUGGCUUUGUUAACUGGAAGCUUGUGGUUUUGACAUUAUCUAGUCAUGUGAUUGGGACUUUUAUCAGAUUCUUGUUGGCCACUGUAUCAGUUGAAUAUUACAGUUUUCACAGUCAGGUGUAAAGUCAGUGCAUAUUACUGUAAAUACUGUAUGAACGUUAAAUAAUCCGUAAAUAUUAGUGCUUUAAUUGAGUAUUCUAUCCAGUGAUGCUGCUGCUAUAACAUUGCUAUUGUGUAUUUUAAAGGAUGGGACUUAUUCUUCUCUAAGUGUCGGUUUAUUACUGUGAGUUGAGUCUGCCACGUCUUUAAACUACUUCUGUAACUGCAUGACUUUGACUUCUGCUUUGUGUAUUUAAUGUUCUGUGUUUCCUUUGUUCUCCCAUACUUGAUAUUGUGUUUUCACUUGAAUGGAUUUUUACACAUUGGCUCAUGUGGUUUCUAUGUUGUUUUGCUGCCUUAUUCAUUUCAACGUCAUUAUCAGUCAUAUUGUUGAUGAUGAAUUUUGUAUUUAGUAAAUGCAAGGAAAUAAAUGCUGUCGUAUCCAGGAGUCUUUGUUAGUUUACUGAUGUUUUUCUAACGAAAUAAAAGUGUCCCACUGGCUCAGA